AUGCUGACGCCCCCCGACUCCCCCGACAACAAGAGCCCCGGGCCUCUUCCUGGCUUCGAGCCCCCCAUCGCCGACGCUGCCCAUGCCCCCGGCCGAAAGAUCAGGAGCCCGACUUCGAAGCGUUGGAACGGCGAUGGCAAAGGCAUUCAGGUCGACAUCGGCGCUCGCCUGCGCGAGUACCUCGACUGCCUUAACAACCGCAAAUUCGACAUCAUUGGCAACCACAUCGCCGACACUAUCGAGCGCAACAACCGUACCCAGACCCGCCAAGAGCACAUUGACCGCCUACGCUCGCGCGUCGAGGGCCUCGCCACCUUCCAGAUCAAGAUCGACACCUUGUUGGUCGACAAGAAGGCCAAGGCCGUCGCCGUGCGCUACAUCAACCGCGUCACCCUCAAUGAUGCCAUGAUGAAUCCCGACACCGUCGGCAAGACAUAUGAGUUCGACGAGCAGUGCUUUGUCUGGUUUGACGAUCGCGGCAAGAUGGCCCGCAUGCUCACCCUGCAAGACAACGACGCCAUCCGCCUCCAGACUCCCGAGGCAGCCGUCACCCCGCGCUUUUUCACCAGGAGCGCUCCCAAGGAGCCUGUCGAUCUGGCCGCCGCCUAUCGCAAGUACGUCGCCAGCAUCAACCGCGGCACCAUGGCUAAAGAGUUCCCGCGCUACUGCAAGCGCGAGGUUCGCCACAACAACCGCGUCCUCCCCCUCGAGGAGUAUUGGCGCGGCAUGGAGGCCAGCAGGGAGGCCAUUUCGGGCCUGCAGUUCGACAUCCAGGAGCUCCUCGUCGACGACGAGACGCAGCAGGUCGCCUCUAGACUGCAGAUCACGGGUACCCCUGUUGCCGAGUUCGCCGGCGCGAAACCGAACGGCAAGAGCGUCAAGUUCCAUCAGCAUUGCAUGUACCGCUUCGACAACGGCAAGAUCGCCCUCGUCUGGGCCACAAUGGAGCUGGACUCCUACCGCAGACAGCUUGAGGAAAAGCCCGACCGCAGAAAGUCGUCCAUGCUGGGCAUCAACUAA